AUGCAGACGGGCUCUCCCCCUCCCGAUGAUGGCCCUGCGCCAGACGCUCCCUCACGACCAGAGAGCGAGUUGCCUCCCCUCUCGCCGUCGCCACCGGAGAAAACAGCAUUGCCAGAGCCAGUGCCUGCGGCCGUUAAUCCAGAGGAGAUGGCUCAGUUGGAGAAAGUCUUGCAGUCAGAUAUUGGAGUUUCGAUUCUAUUAACUAGAUUGAAACAGACCAUUGCAUCCACUAAAGACUUCUCGAAUUUCCUUCGCAAGCGAUCCGCCCUAGAAGAAGAGCAUGCGCAAGGCCUUAAAAAGCUCGCUCGCGCCUUCCAUGACUCAACUCAACGCAUCGAUAAUCGCCAAGGCACAUUCUCCACCGGCUGUGAGGAGAUAAACCGUAUCCAUGACCGCAUGGCCGACCAUGGCCUCCAGUUUGCGCUCUCCCUGCAGCAGAUGUCGGAUGACCUGAACGAACUAGCGGCGAACAUGGAACGGGGCCGGAAGCACUGGAAGCAAAACGGGCUGAAUGCGGAAAAGCGCGUGCAAGAUGCGGAGAGCAUGGCGGAGAAGGCGAAGGCGAAAUACAACUCCCUCGCGGAACAAUACGACCGCGCUCGGACUGGCGACGCCCAACCUGGCAAAUUUGGCUUGAAAGGACACAAGUCGGCCGCGCAGCAUGAACAGGAUCUUUUGCGCAAAGUCCAGCAUUCGGAUUCGGAAUAUGCGUCCAAGGUCCAGACGGCGCAGGGCCUGAAGAACGAGCUCAUGUCGACCCUGCGGCCGCAGGCGGUGCGCGCUCUGCAGGAUUUGGUUGCGGAGGGUGAUUCGGGCCUUAGCCUUCAGAUGCAGAAAUUCGCCACGUUCACCGAGAAGCUUAUGCUUGGAAAUGGUCUUUGCGUGAGCCCGCUGAAGAACGGCGUGAAUCCCGAUGCUGCUGGGUUUAAGAGUCUGCGGGAAGUUGCGGCUCAAGUGGACGACGAGAAGGAUUUUAAAAGUUUCAUCUUGAGCCAUGCGUCAAAGAUUGGCUCGGGGUCGGCUGGGGUCAAAUAUGAGAAACACCCGCCGACUCCUAUACAAACAUUAAACCAACCGGGCAUCUCGUCAAUCCCCAACGUUCCUCCGCAACUGCCAGGGCCUAAUUUCAGCUCCUCGCCUCCGCAAUCUGCAACAGCUCCCGCCCAGCAUCAGAACUCGUCACAGCCCUUCCAACCACCAACGACGCAACUACCCUAUCCAGCGCCAUAUCAGCAACCGCCGCGUCAAGAGCCAUAUGGCAUGCACCAACAGGAACCCCCGCAAAUGCAACCGCAGAUGCCAUACCCGACGCCUGGCCCUCACAUGCAGCCACAGUAUCGGCCCUACUCACCGGCACAGCAACAGCCUCCUCCGGAACGUUUUCCGGUAGCGAGGAACGGGUAUAGUGCAGAUCUACCACCCCUGAAACCCGUCUUCGGGGUAUCGCUGGAGGAACUGUUCCAGAGAGAUGGGACCGCUAUCCCCAUGAUCGUGUACCAGUGUAUCCAGGGUGUUGAGCUUUUCGGCCUCAAUGUUGAGGGCAUCUAUCGUCUCUCUGGCAAUGCUAAUCACAUUGCGCAUCUGAAGUCUCUGUUUGAUAAUGAUUCUUCCCAAGUCGAUUUCACAAACCCGGAGAACUUCUUCCACGACGUCAACAGUGUAGCUGGGCCUCCUGAAACAGUCGCGACGACGAUAUCCAGCGCCGUGAUGCUGCGCAUGCGCUUAUAA